AUGGCUGACGGUGAUGAUGUUUUGAAUGAAGAACGUCAAAUCAAUGAAGAUUAUAAAAUUUGGAAGAAAAACUCUGCCUUUCUCUAUGAUCUAAUCAUGACACACGCUCUAGAAUGGCCAUCACUCACUGUUCAAUGGCUACCGUACACAGCAAAACCAGAAGAUGGUAAAGAUUAUACCACACAUCGUCUUAUUCUUGGUACUCAUACGUCUGACGAACAAAAUCAUUUGGUAAUUGCUUGCGUACAAAUUCCUAAAGAUGGUGCAGGCAAUGAUUCGACUCAAUACGAGUCGGAACGAGGAGAAUUCGGUGGUUUCGGUUUAUUUAAUGCUAAGAUUGAAAUCGAAUUAAAAAUCAAUCACGAUGGAGAAGUUAAUCGUGCUCGGUACAUGCCACAAAAUCCUUCAUUGAUUGCAACAAAAUCUCCAUCAGCAGAAGUUCUCAUAUUCAAUUAUGCGAAAUUGGCAAGUAUACCAAAAGAUCAAUUGUCUAUGAUGAGUGCCGAAGCAUGUCCAGAAUUACGUCUUCGCGGACAUACGAAAGAAGGUUAUGGUCUCUCAUGGAAUCCCAAUACUGCAGGACAAAUUUUAUCUGCAUCGGAUGAUCACACAAUUUGUUUAUGGAAUAUUGAGAAAUCACCAAAGGAUGGCAAAUUCGUCGAUCCAUUGGCUAUCUUCUCCGGACAUCAAGCUGUAGUUGAAGAUGUUGCUUGGCAUUUAUUUCAUGAACCACUUUUCGGAUCCGUCGGUGAUGACUGUAAAUUGAUGAUUUGGGAUACACGAUCAUCAAACUUUACCAAACCAUCACAUGUUGUAGAUGCACAUAAUGCGGAAGUCAAUUGUUUAUCAUUCAAUCCAUUUUCCGAAUAUAUUCUCGCAACUGGUUCAGCUGAUAAAACUGUUGCUCUUUGGGAUCUUCGCAAUCUGAAAUUAAAAUUACAUACAUUUGAAUCACACAAAGAUGAAAUCUUUCAAGUUCAAUGGUCCCAUCACAAUGAGACAAUUCUGGCAUCAAGUGGAACAGAUCGGCGAUUACAUGUUUGGGAUUUGAGUAAAAUUGGUGAAGAACAAACCAGUGAUGAUGCAGAAGAUGGUCCACCCGAACUAUUAUUUAUUCACGGUGGUCAUACAGCUAAGAUUUCAGACUUUUCAUGGAAUCCAACUGAGCCGUGGGUAAUCUGUUCAGUUUCAGAAGACAACAUCAUGCAAGUUUGGCAAAUGGCAGAAAAUAUUUACACGGAAGAUGAAAAUGAAGGCAAUUCAGUUGAUCUUGACUAG